CAGCAAUCCUGCUCAGACCAGACCCAAAAAGGGGGAGGAGAAGGCAGGCCAGGGACACCGUGAAAUUGCAUUAAACAUGCCAUUCUCCGCUCUGUGCACUUUCACGCCAUCUGAAGUUUUUGCCGACUGGAUGUCUAGCGCUGUUUUGGAAGUCUCGUUCCAGCAAACACGUGAAACGCUCUACUUCUGAACGUCUCAUUUCACAAACGAAUACGCCGAGGUCACGAUUAUUACUACAAGAUCCGAAUUCUUUAAUGAGCGUCUACUCUUGAGAGAAAAACUCGGGAUACCUUCUUGAAUUUUAAUUUGUCCGGAGAACUACGCUUGAGAAACUGCGAAUAACCCAAGAAGCGUCAAAAAUUGAAGGAGGAAUUAUUGCCAGCCUAAUUUGCCUCGGAUUUCUGAGACUGUAUAAAAUGAACCAUUGGGGAUUAUCUCUUUUUCUGGUCUAUACCGUAUGCCUUUACACAAACGUCGCUGUUGAAUCAGUCCAUGAUUAUUAUGAGUAUGAUCAAGAUGAAGGAGAUAUCAAGGAACAGCCAGAGGCAGACCUAGAGCAGCAGUUGCGUUCUGCAGCGAGUGUGGAUGAGCUGAUGAAAAUUGUCUACCCAAACUCUUGGACUAUGCUGAAGUGUCGUUCAAAGCGGGGGUCGCGAUUCGGCAGCAGAGAACGAUUUCCUGCUGAGCCACGCUCCGAGGAGCCCCCAGCGUUUGCUGCGGCGUAUUUCAACUUUGAGAUUUUAAAAAGUAUUGAGUCAGAGUGGAGAAAGACCCUGUGCAUGCCUCGGGAAGUGUGUUUAGAUGUGGGGAGAGAGUUUGGGGCGGCUACAAACGUCUUCUAUAAACCACCCUGCGUGUCUGUCUACAGAUGUGGAGGCUGCUGCAACAGCGAGGAGCUUCAGUGCAGAAACAUCAGCACCUCCUAUAUCAGCAAGACGCUUUUUGAAAUCACCAUACCAGUUACACAGGGAACAAAGCCUGUCACUGUCAGUUUUGCCAACCACACCUUGUGCCGGUGCCUAUCGAAGCCAGACGUUUACCGGCAGGUGCACUCGAUCAUAAGACGGGCACUACCAGAAUGUAACAUGACAAAUAAAACAUGCCCAAAGAAUCAUGUGUGGAAUAAUCACAUAUGCAGAUGUGUGCAGCAGCCUGAUAUUGCAGUGCCAUCACAACACUCCAGAUCAGAAUCCCUGCAGGAUGAUAUCUGCGGCCCAAACAAAGAGCUGGAUGAGGAGACGUGCCAGUGUGUGUGCAGAAGACAGCUACGGGCAUCGAGCUGCGGACCCAACCAGGAGAUGGACAAACACUCCUGCCAGUGCGUGUGCAAGGAGCCGCCCGUCCCCUGCGGGCCCAAUCAGGAGUUCAACAGGGAUGCCUGCCAGUGCACCUGCGCCAAGGUGUGCCCCAGGCACCAACCGCUCAACCCCAACAAGUGCAUCUGUGAGUGCACCGAGUCGCCCAACAAGUGCUUCCUCAAAGGGAGGAGGUUUCGCCAGGCCACCUGCAGUUGCUACAGACCACCAUGCGAAGUACGGAGGCGAAGGUGCGAAGCUGGAUUUUACUUCAGCGAGGAAGUGUGUCGUUGCAUACCAACGUACUGGCGAAGGCAGGACUGAAGGUCUGGACGGAGUGUGAACUGGUCAAAGACAGUGAAAUGAUGGACCAGCAUCAAGGUUGGGAACAGCCCAAUGGACACAGAAUAUGUGCGUUAUCAUGGCAAGUUCUGGGAGCCAUUGCAAAUAUUAAGAUGGACCCUGGCAUCACGCCACAAACUUUCUGAAGACCUAAAUAUUGGGGAGAGAUGAAAAGGCACAAACCUUUUAAUUUUAAUGUUUUUUUUAUUUUGUUAUUCUUAUUUGUCAGAUAAUGAUUAUAUAAUUUAUUGCCACUAAAUGUUUGCAACAUUCUUGUUCAUAGCAAUUUCAAUCUUUUCAAGAAAAUACACUGUGAUCAAUAUUUUUGUAUCAUGUGAAGUACCUUUAAAAUAAAAUAUAAAGUUGUAUUA